GGGAGUUGGUGUUUGAUGUUCUUGAUAAUUUCAAUUUUCUUCUCAGCAAACAUUGUCAUUGGAUCAGGAUCGCUCCUUGGAAGGCUUUUAUCUCUUCCUUUGAUUGGUAAAAAAGGAAGUGAUACGAAGAACAUUCCACUUUCUCUUAGCCCAUUACAGGAAGAAAGAUUGAGGAAUCUGCAGCAGAGGCUGGAGGUUCCUUUUGAUGGUACUCGUCUAGAGCAUCAAGCAGGAUUCAUUCCAGAGGCUGUUGCACAAGCAAGAAGGGAGAAGGGCAGAAUGGGAAAUCCCUUUGCCAUAGCUGGAAUAAAUAUUUCUUUUAUGCUGGCACAAAUGUUGGACUUGCAAUCAGGCAGGCCAACUUCAUUGGCAGGGGUUCGCUUUCUAGAGCUGCUUGGAGAGGAUGAAAUGGCAUUCAAUAACCUCUACUGUGUGUCAUUUCAGAUGAUGGAUGCUCAAUGGCUUGCGAAGCGUGCUUCUUAUAUGGAAUUCAAUGUAAGCACCGUGACACUCCAUUUCAUUGACAGUGGCUUCUUAUCGGGCAUACAAAUGGCAUAAAUCGGUAUCUAUAGA